CAAUUUUCUCAUUCUCAUUGAGACUUGAGGGACGAAGUAACACAAGCCUUAGCUAAACUUCAUUAGCUAAGAAAGAAAAACGUUAUUCAGUAUCUAUAAAAAUCAUAGGUUUUUUUUUGUUCGUUAUCUCGAGCUCUUUACAAUGGCAACCUCAAGCUCUCGAUCCGUGUGGCGGACUUGCCUUGCCUCCGCCCUUCGAACAGCCUUGGCUUGCACCAUAGUUGGUGUUGUCACCCUUUUCGGCCCGAAAUAUUUCAGGAAGCAAGUCGCAUUCCCAGCUUUUUCCUACGUUACGGUUAUUCUUAUUGUGACCGAUGCAACCUUAGGUGACACUUUUCGCGGCUGCUGGCAUGCACUUUACGCCACCAUUCAGGGCAUUUGUCCUGCUAUUCUAAGCUUGUGGUUAAUCGGACCGGCUCGGCUCACAGCCAGCACCACUGCUAUCGCGGUAGCUCUAAGCGCCUUCGUGGUGGUUCUGCCCGAAAACACUCACUUGCUAGUUAAGCGCAUAGCGCUAGGGCAAAUUGUUCUUGUUUAUGUCAUAGCUUAUAUAAAUGGUGGCCAAACUGAAACUAUUAUGCAUCCUAUUCAUGUUGCCGCUAGCACAGGGCUCGGAGUUGUGGCUUGUGUUUUGGCCUUGAUUUUUCCCUACCCAAGCCUGGCAUGCUGCGAGGUGAAACAGAACUGCAAGCUCUUUGCUGAAAAUGCUUUGGAGAGGUUUAACUUGUUUGUGAAGGCCUUCUCGGCUGAAGACAACAUUACUGCACUUGCUUUCAUUUCUCAAGCCAAGUCCUUAGUUAGCACAGGAGCCAAACAUCUCCAGCGCAUUAAAACCAAGCAAGAAAGCAUGAAGUGGGAAAGAUUUCCAUUCAAGUUUUUAAGACCAUAUGGAGAGAACCCUGGGAGCAGAUUUCAACAUCUUCAAACACCUUUAAGAGGGAUGGAAAUUGCCUUGGAAAAUUCUCCUUCAUUUCCAAUUGAGAUUCCUAACUCAGAGCUAAAAUCUGGCCUAGAUAUGCUAGGAGAACACAUCUCAAAGCAAGUCAACAGCAUUUCCCUCGAGUCAUCAGCAACUGUUCCAGAGUCAAAUCCUGAAAAUACCCAAAAGUUCUUCCAAACACUUCAUACCAUUCAACCAACCAAUAAACAUCUUCCCUCUUUAUUCUUUUUAUUUUGCUUAAACCUCCUUUUGAACAAACCAAUUGCACCCCCACCACCCAAAGAAGGCUCCACUAAUUCCAAGCAACACGAUGAAGAAGAAUUAUUCUCGAGGAAAACAUGGAGCAAUUACUUGUCUAUUACUAUAAAUAACAAAAGGUUUAUGGCAGCUUUCAAAUGUUCACUAUCAUUAGGCCUUGCUAUUCUUUUUGGAUCAAUAUAUAGCAAGGAAAAUGGAUUCUGGGCAGGGUUGCCAGUUGCCGUUAGCCUAGCAGGAGCAAGAGAAGCAACUUUCAAAGUUGCAAAUUAUAAGGCACAGGGGACCGUCUUGGGAUCAAUAUAUGGUAUUUUAGGAUGUUUUGUCUUCGAAAAAUACGUGCAAAUUAGAUUCUUGUCUCUCCUCCCGUGGUUCAUUGUCAGCAGUUUUUUGCAACAAAGCAAAAUGUACGGCCAAGCUGGUGGAAUUUCAGCCAUUGUUGGGGCAGUAUUAAUUCUUGGUAGAAAAGGUUUUGGUCCACCAAGUGAAUUUGCCAUAGCAAGAAUAACAGAGACUUUCAUUGGAUUGUCUUGUUCCAUUAUGGUAGAAAUAUUGUUACAGCCCACAAGAGCUUCUACUUUAGCAAAAUUCCAACUUUCAAAGAGCUUUGAAAUCUUGCAUGAAUGCAUUGGCUCAAUAAGCUUUGGAUCAUUCGGAAAUUUGGUAGAAACCCAAAAUAAACUAAAAUUCCAUGUUAAUAAGAUGGGAAAGUUUGUUGGCGAAGCUGAGGCAGAGCCCAAUUUUUGGUUUGUUCCUUUCAAUAGUGCUUGCUAUCGUACGCUCAUGGGAUCAUUAUCAAAGAUGGUGGACUGUUUGUAUUUUGGAUCUCAAGCAAUUUUAUUCCUUGAACAAGAAUCUGGAGGAAUUGACAAUUUUGUCUGGAAAGAAACUGUAAAUAAGCUAGAUGCUGAUUUCAUGCUUUUCAAAGAUUUUAUCGGCUCUUUUAUGAAAUGUUUUGAGGAGGUCAGUUUGGUCAAAUCACUAGCAGUACUUGACAAGGAAUUUGAGAAGAAGAAACUUUCAGUUGAUGUUGAGUUAGGAACAUCACCUACUUAUUAUAAUACUAUAAGGUCUUCAAGUGAAGAGGAAGUUGAUGAAAAGUUCAGUUCCUAUUUUCAACACUCGAAAGAACUUGUGGACCAAAUUGUCAACGCAACUUCCGGGAAGAAAGACCUCGUCGCCGUGCAAUUUUCCGGCGACUUAAGAGGCUGUCUGUAA